AUGGCCGGAGGCGUAGUAGAUCUAACAGGCUCUUCCGUUGGGUUAAAAACUGCCAUCGAUCGAAACCUGCAAGAACCUGACAGAGGAAAUCCCAACAGAACUGGUAUUGAUGUCCUCGUGUCUGUCAAAGUGCCAAAGGCAGUGUCACCUGUUACAUCUGUAGCAGAGGGGGACACCAUUAGGCGGCCACGUGGGAGGCCAGCUGGGUCUAAAAACAAGCCGAAGCCACCAAUAAUUGUCACCCGAGACAGUGCUAAUGCAAUCCGUGCACAUGCUAUGGAAGUGAGCUCCGGCUACGAUGUUAGUGAAAGCUUAGCUGAUUUUGCUAGGAGGAAGCAACGCGGCAUUUGCAUACUUAGUGGCAGUGGAUAUGUAACAAAUGUGACGCUGCGACAACAAACCUCGUCCGGAACAAUUGUGACCCUUCAUGGUCGGUUUGAGAUUCUUUCAUUGAUUGGAUCAAUCUUGCCUCCACCAGCACCCCCGGGUAUAACUGGCCUGACAAUCUACCUAGCUGGGCCUCAGGGGCAGGUUGUGGGUGGGGGCGUGGUUGGUGCACUCAUUGCUUCUGGCCCUAUUGUGAUCAUGGCUGCAUCAUUCAUGAAUGCCACUUUUGAUCGCCUGCCAUUGGAUGAUGAUCAUGAAAUUGAUGCUGCGAUGCAGAAUCAACAUUACCAACACGGUCGUCAUCAUCCCCUUGAUAUUUCUGAUUUAUAUGGGAUGCCACAGAACUUGCUCACCAAUGGUACCGUGCCCCCGGAGAUAUACUCUUGGCCACCGGGGAGAACGAUGUCAAAAACAAAACCAUGUUAG